AUGCAUCACUCGCAGCUGGCCCCGCUCCCGAGCAAUGUACCUUUUCGCAUUGUGUCCAGAACCAUUGGCCAGGGCGCCUAUGCCUGCAUCAAGAAAGCCUGUCCCCUCGACGAUGAUAACCCCGUCUUCGCCGUCAAGUACAUUCACAAAGAUUACGCCGCGCGCCACGGAAAGAUCAGCGCAAGACAACUGGCGAUGGAAGUGACGGUCCACAAGCACGUUUCUGGGCAUGGGAAUAUUAUCGAAUUCUUCACAACGGGGGAGGACGACGUGUGGCGUUGGAUCGCAAUGGAGCUCGCUGAGGGCGGGGAUCUCUUCGAUAAGAUCGAGGCCGAUGAAGGUGUCGGCGAGGACAUUGCUCACGUCUACUUUUCGCAACUCAUCAGUGCCGUUGGCUUUAUGCACUCCAAGGGUGUAGGACACCGAGAUAUCAAGCCUGAGAAUAUGCUGUUGACCGGCGAUGGGAAUCUGAAGAUCGCAGAUUUUGGUCUGGCCGCGCUGUUUGAGUAUAAAGGAACGCGCAAGAUGUCUACGACAUUCUGUGGCAGCCCACCGUAUAUUGCCCCGGAGGUCAUCUCUAGCAGUACUAAGGGUACCAACAAGGGAUCCGGGUAUCACCCGGACCUGGUUGAUAUCUGGUCUUGUGGUAUUGUGUUAUUCGUUCUUUUGGCAGGCAACACACCGUGGGAUAGCCCGACAGACGACAGUUAUGAGUAUCACGAAUAUGUAGCGACCAAUUCCCGCACAACAGAUGAGCUUUGGCAAAGGUUACCUUCCGCGACGCUAUCAUUGCUGCGCGGGAUGCUCACUGUGGACCCCAAGGGUCGGUUCUCGCUUGAAGAUGUCCGAAGACACCCUUGGUAUACUCGUGCCAAUAAGUUCCUGUCAAUCGAUGGCAAGCUGAGAGAUCCAAUCAAUCUCGCCACGUCGAUGUUCGAAUCGCUCCAUAUCGAUUUCAGUCAAGAUCCACUGUCUCGACCACGCAAAGGCACAGGGCGCAGCUUCGACCAGAUGGACAUGGACGUGGAAGAUAACACAACUGCGGGAUUUUCUUCCACGCAACCAGAGAUGCUCGGUGGUGGCAUGAUGAUGGACUGGGACAAUCCCCAAGCGGCGGAUGUGUUCUCCUCCACACAACCGCUGGGGAAACAAUUCGCUUCCCAGGAUGCAGUAAUGGCAGGUCACCUGGAGGACGAGCCGUCAAUGUCCCAAUUCUCGCAGCAGCCCUCAGUGCCAGUGAGUCGAACUCAGAACGCGCAAAAGUUCCAGGACAUCAUUCCCUCGCGCGCAAUGACGCGCUUCUAUUCCUCGUGGGAGCUUAAACUUCUUGUGCCGCUCAUUUGUGAGGCACUCCACCGACUGGGGGUCCCAGUUCCUAGUGUACCUGCCGUGACUGCCGGAGAUACCUCUGCACUGAUCCGAGUUACUGCCAAGGAUGGUCGAAUGUGUCCGCUUCAGGGCAAAGUGCUUAUCGAGUGUGUUUCCGAAGGGGUUUUCGAGGUUGAAUUCGUCAAAAUGAAAGGAGAUCCUUUGGAAUGGCGUCGGUUCUUCAAGAAAGUUGCUAUCCUAUGUAAGGACGCUGUCUUUCGCCCCGAUGAGUAG